AUGGCGGAGGACCAUCUUGAGAUACACGAUGCUGACCUCACGGAACUGGAUUUGACCUCCACUGGCAUUGCUUACCGCCUCAUAGACCUUAAAAAGUGCAAGAGAUUGACAAGACUUGGGAGCCUGAGCGGGUGCUCGGCGCUUCAGACGCUGAACUUGAGCUGGUGCGAGGCGCUGACGGAACCCCCGGACCUGAGCGGGUGCUUGGCGCUUCGAACGCUGGAUUUGAGCUGGUGCGAGGCUCUAACGCAACCCCCGGACCUGAGUGGGUGCUCGGCGCUCCAGACGCUAGAUAUGAGGCAGUGCCGCAAGCUGACGGCGGUUCCGGAUCUGCGCGGGUGCUCGACCCUCCAGACGCUGGACUUGGGGUGGUGCAAGGCGCUCACAGAAACCUCAGGCCUGAGCGGGUGCUCGGCGCUCCAGACGCUGGAAUUGAGCCGGUGCCAGGCGCUAAUGGCGGCCCCAGACCUGAGCAGGUUUUCGGGGCUCCAGACCCUGGACUUGAGCCUGUGCGACAACUUGACGGCGGCCCCGGAUCUGGGAGGGUGCUUGGCGCUCCGGACGCUGGACUUGAGCGAGUGCAGCAAGCUGACGGAGGUCACCGACCUGAGCGGGUGCGCGACUCUCCAAACGCUGUCCUUGUGGGGGUGUUCGGCGCUGACGGCAGCCCCGGACCUGAGCGGGUGCUCAAUUUUGCGGACGCUGAACUUGAGUGAGUGUCGGGCACUGACAGCAAUCCCGGGACUGAGCAGGUGCUCGGCGCUCCAGACCCUGAACUUGAGGGAAUGUUUGGCACUGACGGCAGCCUUGGACCUGAGCGGGUGCUCGGUGCUCCAGAUGCUGGAUUUGAGCGGUUGCGUUGAGCUGACGGCGGCCCCGAAUCUGAGCAGGUGCUCGGCACUCCAGACGCUGAACUUGAGCCUGUGCGACAAUCUGACGGUGGCCCCAGAUCUGAGAGGGUGCUCGGCGCUCCAGAAGCUGAACUUGAGGGAGUGCCUCAAACUGACGGAGAUUCCGGACCUGAGCGGAUUUGCGGCGCUCCAGACGCUGUCCUUGUGGGGUUGUUCGGGGAUGACGGCGGCCCCGGUUCUGAGUGAGUGCUUGGCGCUCCAGACGCUGAACUUAAGGGAGUGCCGCAAGCUGACGCAAAUUCCGGACCUGAGUGGGUUUACGGCGCUCCAGACGCUGUCCUUGUGGGGGUGUUUGGCGGUAACGGCAAUCCCGGGCCUGAGCAAGUGCUCGGCGCUCCAGUUUCUGAACCUGAGUGGGUGUAUGGCGCUGACGGCGGCCUUGGACCUAAGAGGGUGCUCAAUGCUCCAAACGCUGGACUUGAGCGAGUGCGUUGAGCUGACGGCAGUCUUAGACCUGAGCGGGUGCGCGGCGCUCCGGACGCUGUCCCUGAGGAAGUGUUGGGCGCUGACGUCGGUUCCGGACCUGAGCGAGUGCCUGGAGCUCCAAACCCUGGACUUAAGGGAGUGCCGCAAGCUGACGGCGCUCCGUGGCCUGGCAGCCCUGACCAACCUCCGGAAGCUUGACCUGGGCGACUGCACGAGCAUCCGGGAGCUUCAAUUACCCCAGGGAAAGAACAAUAUGCUCAAGGUACUCAAUUUGAAAGGGUGUCGCUCCCUUGCCCCACCUAGCGACACCCUUAGCGACAAUCCGAGCAACGCAGACCUCAUCAACACCACGGGUACGUGCGAAGCUGUGGCGGGCUUUCUCUUAGACAAGGGCACGAAGGCGCCAGUCACUAUGGCGUUCCAUGGGGUCUGGGGCAAGGGCAAGUCGACCGCAAUGAAGUUACUGGAGAGGAAGGUCAAGUCGAGAAUGAUUGUGGUGUGGUUCAAGGCCUGGCUCCACCGGGAUUCCAAGGAGAUCUGGGCCGGGCUUGCAGUCGAGGUGGGGCGGGCAAUCGAAGGACGGCUUAGCUGGGGCUGGCGGCUCUGGGCUUAUGCCGCUUAUGCUUUCGAGAAACGGAAGAGCGAGUUGAUUGUCAAUAUUGUCUCGCUCCUCUUGAGCUCGCUGGCUGCCGCUCUCGUAGUCGCACUGGGUGUCCCCACGUCCCUAAAGAGCGCCAAAGCAAGGACCAGUGACGCGCUGUACGGAAGCUUGGUCGCUUUCGGUGUGGUGGGCUGGCUGGCGUUCUUCGUUUGGAGGAUGUACGCCAUCUUCAAGCCGGUCAGCCAGCAGAUUGCGGGGUACGUCGUCUCGCCGACCACUGAGCACCUGGGGUAUGUGGGCUACCAGAACAGGGUUAUCCAGGAUCUCCAAUUCCUGGGGCGUUGCGUGGGCUCUGAAAGGACCAAGGUGAUAGUCUUCAUCGACGACCUGGAUCGUUCGCAGGACGAUGCGGUUGUGUCCGUUUUGGAGGCCGUCAACAUCGUCCUGGGCGGCUGCGAUAACAAGGACCUGGGUAUAUAUACGAUUUUCGGGCUCGACCUCGAGAUGACGACCCGCGCUAUAUAUAACCACUUCAAGGGCGUUACUGGGGCCUCCAGAUUGUCUGAAGUCAGCCGGGAUGAGUCGAGGCGUUUCCUUCAGAAGAUCAUCCAACUGUCCAUUGAGCUGCCCCCAUUAACAGAGGCGGAGCGCGAGUCUUAUGUCCAGAAGUUGGUGGGAGUAUCAGAUCACGAGAACCAGGCAGUGACGGGAGCUUCUGGAUCUCGAGGAUUAGAGGACGACGGGCGGGUCAAGGACGGUGAUCAGCGGGUCGAGGACGGGGAGGAAAUGACCGUAGGAGUGGAGGGGCGGGACGGAGUCGCAGCCGAGCUGUUGGGCACAUACUACGUUGCCUUCCUGCCGGAUAACCCGCGCCAGAUCAAGUCGAUGAUCAACAAUUACCGCCUCGCAUAUCGAGUUCUACUGCAGCGAGAUCACGUGAGCGGCACCUUGUACACCAGAUGGAGGAUACACCUGGUGACGUGGGUCGUGCUGGUCGCCGCUUUUUCCAAGGUGGCCCCUCUGAUCAGGGCGAUAUGCCGCGCCCCCUCGACGGGCCCCCCUCGGGACACGGGACCACCUCAGGCCAUGGGCGCCCAACAGGACGUGGGGCCCUCUCAAAAUACGGGCUCCCCUCAGGACACGGGAUCCCCUCAGGACAUUCUGGAGGCCCUUCUUCAGGCUAUUCGGGAAAAGGUCGGAGUGGCAGAAUCCAAGCAAGCGAGUCUGAACGGCAUUCGAAAAGUGCUGUGGGAUGCGGACAAGGAGAAGGCGUUGCUCGAGGCAAAGAAUGAGGUAGACCAAGAGCUGGUUGAUUGGAAACAGACUUGCGAGAAGUUUGCCUUGUUUCAGGAAAAGGCUCUGCAGGUCUCUACAACGAAGGAGUGCGGGAGCAUUUCUUACGAGGACCUGAUGUACUUUCGGUGCUUUAGCGCUGGCCUGUGUCUUACCUCGUAGGUAGAUAUGACGAUCUGGAAUGUUUGUUAAACCUGGAGCCACUGACGGAUGCAAGGCUCUAGGGAAUUGAACUCCGGACAAGCUAACAAGGUUCAAAUUGCAAUAGAGAUUUUCUGCGAAGUCAGAUUGUGUGGAUCAUACCGUUCAUUCUUCCCUUUUUAAGACUAGC